AUGAUUUUUAUUAAAGUGCGUGACCUCUUAAAAAAGAUGCUUACUGUGGAUCCGAUAAAACGCAUCAGCAUCGAUGACAUUCGAAAGCAUCCAUGGUUCGUCAUCGAUCUGCCACCACAUCUGUUCCCUCAAGAGCGCGACGAAGAUGCCUCUAUCAUUGAUAAGGAGGCCGUCUAUGAAGUCUGUCAGGCCUGUAACGUAACUGAACGGGAGGUGUUUGCAGCUCUAAUUGCCAAUGAUCCCAGCGACCAACUCUGCGUGGCCUACCACCUGAUCAUUGACAACAAGCGAUUUGGAUCGGUGCUGCAACCGGAGGAGGUAGACAACUUCUACGUGGCUACAACGGAGAGUUCAGGUGCAGGUGGUGCUGGUACCGUUAGUAGUAGUGGUGUCGGUGCGGGAGCCAUCGUCUCAGGCUCCAGUGGGCCAGGGGCACAACUACAUGCAGGUGGCACCGGCCUCUCCCCCAAUCGACCGCAUCCCGAGCGAAUGCCAGAGGGUCCGCCGCUUACUCGGACACUUGAUCCCGUCGACAGUGGCGCGGCGGGUUCCGUCACAGUCACUUCAGGUGGGGUGGGUAUUGCAGGAGCGGGAGCAUUGGGUGGAUCUGUUGUGGGUUCGUCGAACGUGGGUGCCACCGUUGCCUCCUCGGUCUCCUCGACAGCGGCAUCAGCGCUUGCUACAGGAGCGGCAGCAGCUGCGGGCGCGAAACGCUUCAAGUGGCACCUGGGUAUUAGGUCACAAUCGCGACCCUGGGACAUUAUGCAGGAGGUUUUCCGCGCCAUGAGUACUCUUGGAUAUGAAUGGAAGGUCAUCACUCCCUUUAACAUCCGAGUGCGCAAGUGGAAUCCUGUGGAUGCGCGUUCCUACCUCCUCGAUUUUAAGUGUAUUGACGAUACGAAGAAUGAUUCAGAUUCCAUCCUUAAUCGACGUCGAUCGGGAAAUGUUUCCAUGUGUUUUGAAGGAAAUGGUCCUGGUUCUCCGAUGAACACAGUGGGUGUCGGUGCUCCACUUUCCGCUUCAGUGCCUCCACUGGGCGGUUUUAGUGUUCCUAUGGACAUCGGUACCUCCGGUACAGACACCAGCAAUGGCGCUACUGUAUCCCACUUCCCUGCAUCCCCAGGUGCUUUCCGUUUGGGGGGGCCAGGAGUGCGACAUCAGACGAUGGAAUUCUUUGAACUCUGCACUGAGCUGAUCACAACCCUUGCUCGAUGA